GCUCUGAUGUAUGCUCUGACAGCCCAGCUUUAAUCCCAAACAUGCAGCUCAGCAGAUCUGCUGUGGUGUUUGCCCUGCUAGUCACCGUUUGCAGGGCAGCAGUGGUGACUGAGAAUGGCCUCCCUAUUCUCUGGGGAAGUGCCCCGAGCAUGCUGUCUGAGCUCCCACAGGCUGAUGGGGUGGUCAAACCAGACCCGUUUGAUUACCUGCAGAGAAUGGCCAUGUACAGGUUGAUGAUCAAUGCUACCGACCCCUAUAUGAGCUCCAUGGGCCCUGCGGCCAACGAAAACCCACUAUGGGGGCUUCCAUUGCAACUAGGAUGGAAACUCAGAUCAGGUCGGCUGGUUGACCCUACAGGAGUGAGCACCUGUGGGCAGGAGAGCUUCAGUCCAGUAUGUAUUGCCACCAGCAGCUGGUGGGGGUGUGUGAACUACCAUCUGUCCGUGCUUCCGUUCCUGGCGGCCGUUGAGGCAGGUGUGGUGGGGGAUGGUCAGGCCCAGGUGGAGAUUCAGGUUCCUGCGGAGGUGGCUGCUGAUUAUUGUUCUAGCACUUGUUCCAGCACCCACCCUGAUGCCAUGAUCAAAUGGCUCACAUUCUUUCAGUCUCUGAAGACCAUCAGUGCAUCAGAAGUAAGUGAUGAAGAGAAAAGGGACCAGAUUCUGGGAUUGAUGUGGUCAGCACAACUGGCCUCCCUCGACACAGCUGCCAGCACCUGCGCUGAUAAGAAGGCACUGUACUCGGGAAAAGAGGUGGCCUUCAGUGAGAGCUGGCUGAGCUCUGCACAGUAUGUGGGGGCCGCACACUUCUCUUCUGGACUGGAUAGAUCUGUGCAGUUCAUGCGUCCUCUGCCCAGCCGAGUGCUGCUGCAGACAGACAUUCCACCCAACAUAGCCGACCUCAGCACGGAGGAAAACCACACCCUCUAUAUCUUCGGCUGGAUGACCACAGCCAACAAACUGCUGGGUGGAUCUCUUACCUUGAUGUGGCAGAAAGCGAUGUGCACAUCCGCUGCUCGUGAGAAAGGUCGCACUCUGCUGAAUGAUCUCCUCUUCAACCCACAGUUCGCCACCUCCAGCAUGUUGUCCAUCCUGUCUGAAAUGAUUACUAAGUGCUGAGAACAACAACUAAACACAUGGAAAAAAACAUAUGAAAAAAUGUUGUCUUUCUUUUUUUUUUAUAUAAAUACAGUCAGACUUUUGCUUUUCUGUUUUUAGCUUUGAAGCUUUAAGGAUAGUGUAGAUAACAAGUAAUGGUUUGAGGCAAGAUACUGUACAUAAGGUACAUUAUGGACAUUAGAUAAUAUUAUUUGGUCCCACUUUUUAAUAAGGGUCUUUUAUAACUGUGUAGGUACACUGUUGUUAUAUGGAUUGUUAUUGUGUAACUACUGGUGAAGUGCAUAUUGUUGCAGAUUACAGAUACAGAUGUGUGAGUGUGUAUUUGUGUCUGUGUAAUUAGGUGCAUAGAAUAAGUAGUGUAUAAAUGUAUAGUUUUCCAACAGCUUUUGUGUGGUAUGUAAUUAGAGCUAUGACUGUUUUUCCAUAUUAAAAAUCCUUAUUCAGAAUUCAUUAUGGGAAGAUAAAAUAUAUAUAUAUAUAUAUAUUUCUGCUAUGUCUAACUGACCUUUAUACACAUGUGAGCUACAUAACCUGUGCAACUGUAAUUAAUCUGUAAAAAUGCAAAUUUCACCAAUAGUUGCACUGUUAUUACAUGAUCAUUAAUGAGACACUUAUUAUAAAGUGGGACACAUUGUUUAUUAGCUUCAUUAGUCUUGUAGAUCCAGUGCGAAUCUAAAUUGGCAAACUUCAGAUACCAAACUUCCCAAAUAGCAUGUCUGUGUGGGGCCUGUAUGAGCAGCCCAGCUGAACCCCAGAAAUAGGUCCAUGGGUUUCAUGUUGGCCCCAUAUCAGUAAAGGGGACAAGAAGGGGUUUGUGCACUGAACAUGAGGCCUAGAUGGGACUUGUGUAAGAUUAAGGUGGGCCCAGUAAAAACACAUGUAGCUACAAACCCACUUAAACUCACUCAGAGCCCAUUGCCCACCUGGAACCCACCUAGCCUAGCUCACGUUCCACCCAUGUGAGACUCAACAUGAGAAUGUCGCCUGGGUUGUGCAUGAAUGAGUCAACAGUUUCCACCAACAAUUCAUUUUAAUAAUAGUAAUAAUUUAAACAUACACAAUAAUGUUGUUGAUAUUAUCCUCACAAUGCUAAUUUCUAGGUACUUGUCUUUAUUCCUUGUUUAGCAACAUUAGCAUUGUAACUCUCCCCCUGAAGGUAAAUCAUCAUAUAUGCUGGUUAUCUGGCUUUGGUGGGCUAAGGGCUUAAUAUAGAACAAACUGUGACCUGAAGGUUUCUUGGGUUUAAAUCUGGUUAAAUUAUUGAUUUUUUUUGGAAAAUAUUAGUUCACUGAACAAACAACACACACAGAUCAUAACAAUUCUCUAUUAAUAACUUAAAACAUAACAGAAUUACCAUUCCAUUCAUUAUGACCUAGGCAACAAAGAAGGUAGAAAUCUCUGGUCAUCACCCCAACUCUUAACCAACUCCUCCCAAGAUAUACAUACGAUGUGUUUCUUUGAUGCUUCAUUCAAUGCUUUAUUUCAAAAGGAUGCCAAAGAAUAUAAUACCUAAAUAUGGACAUAACCUUUACAUCUUUACAUUCUGAUAUAAAUACACAAUAUAAAACAGCAUUUGGUAGUAAAUUGUGUUAAAAUUAA